AUGAACUUCGACACAUCAGUGAGCCAAGUCACUUCCUGGCUCCUGGAUUGUCCAAUUCAACCCCAGGAUUUUGACACCCCAGCGCUCGUCGGACGUUUGACCGCGACAAAACGACGACGAUCAUCUGCAUCGAGCUGUUCGCAACCGAAGCGCCGCCAACUUCUGUCUCCGCCGGCCUCACAAACACGAGGAGUAGCAAUGCGGGGCAUAGCAACGCCGACCAAGAAGCGAUUAGCCGAGGGCGAGCCAUCAAGCCAACUCGACACUGAUAACGAAGAUACGCCAAGACCCAAUAUCCGCCAAACGAGAUCGGGGGAUGGCAGCAGAAACUCCAGUACCUCAUCACAAUCAGGAAGCUCAUAUUCGCGUGAUAGUAAGCGGUCAAGAGGAUCCGCAUCACCCAUGAAGAUGUGGCCACUGGUUGGACCUGACGGGCAUCAACUUGUGCGACCAAACGAAUUAGCACAUGGAGCCCAAGGUGCCAAAAACCUCACAAAAGCGUUCAAGCAAAUCAGCAAAUGGCGAUCAUUCAUGCCAAAGAGUAUUCAGCAAACGCUUGCAGAAUUAGAGAUUGAAGAUGUGGAGGACACAUUCAGCAUCGAGACUAAGCGUUACGGUGGCGAUAUUGCCAAAGGCGAGCAACAACUCGGUCUGUGGACGGCGGCACAAUGGGAAUUUCUCAUCUCCAUCUCUGGUAUCGAGGCCGUAAAAGAACUAGACUUUAUUCCAGGCGUGGUUGUGAAUGGAGAGACUUGGUCGCUUGUUAUUAUGACAAGGACAGGAGUACGGACGAAUGUUCAUAAAGGUAUCCCGUUCGGAAAUACCGGGACUGUGGCUGGUGUUUUCCAGGUUCUUGCUGGUUUGCAAAAGUUACGGGCAUGGACCUUAGAUACGCUAUGGCCGUGGUAUAAGAAACAUCUUCCAGGUUUGGUAGAUCCCGGGAAUGACGAAAUACCCGCUGUAGGUAGCUAA